AUGGUAGGGUCAUUAAACAAAACAAUGUACGGUACACCAGAUACACGAAAUAUUAUACAAGAUGAAGAAUAUGUUAAUACAAUAUUGGAAGAACGAGAUCUCCAUUUAAUAGAUGUUCUCAAUCUUUUAAAGGAUUUAAAGAAAAUUAAUAACGAAUGUAAUAUUUUGACUAAUGGGUUUGAAUUAAAACUUGGGUAUUUUCCUUUCGAAAGUCUUUCGACAUUAGUAUAUGGCCAUUUAAAAGCGAUUGAUAAUAUUGACUCACUUAUUAAAGAUUUUAAUAAGAAGAAUUCUUUAUUAAUUACAAAAUUAAAAGAAAUGAAGAGGAGAGACGAACGAGAAGAAAGAAUAGAUAAAUUAGAAAAGAAGAGAGAAGAAGAGACAAAACCAGAGAGAAGAAAAACUAGACCUCUCUAG